AUGCCGGAGCAGCCCCGCACUGCCCGCUGGGAAGCGGGAGGCGCAGACUUGGGAAGCCUGGAGGCGGGAAGCGCAGACGCUGGGAAGAUGUCAGCAUCUCUGCUCUCGGAGAGCGGGGAGGGGGGAGGGCGAGUGGACGCCAAGUCCUCCCUCUACAAAGACUGCGGGACAAAGAGCCGCGGGGAUACCGGCCGGAACCACAGUUUGAAAAGCGCCUGGGGCCUACGGGAGGGAGUUGUUGAGCCUGGGAGGACAGACCUUGGCGGGGGAACAAAGGAGCUGGCGGGCGCCAUUUCCCUCUCCCAUCCCCCAGCGGAAAUUCCAAAGGGAACCAGUUCCCGCCACCGAACUUGCACCGCGCAGUCCCCCAACGCUGUGCUUCUGGGGAUCCAUCCCUCCGCCGGGUCUGUCCUCCCGGUGCUGCAGGGCCCCUCCCGCCCCUGUGCGGAUCCACCCCCUGGGAUCCUCUCGGUCGGUUCGUGGCCAGAUCCCAUCGAAGCAGCACCACAAGCCUGGCAGUGUGCGAGCAGCCCAGACGGGCCACACCACUCCACACGCCGGGGAAGUGCCCUGCAGUUUGGAGCUACCGCAUCUCUAGCAAACUCCGGGUCUGAUCCAGUGCGCCCCAGACCGACCCACUAACCGCACAGGGACCCGAUCCCGCCCACAGCAGUAGCAACUGCUACCGUAGCAACGGACACAGGGACGCCCCUGAAGCGCCAUCUUCCCGUUAACAGGGGACACUGCACCGCGGGGCACUACAGGACCUGGUCUUCCUAAGGCCACUGCUUUAAGUGGGGGAGACGCAGCUGACUUUGUAACAGAGACACAGACGCAGCAGUGGACAAAAUGAGGAGACGGAGGAAUAGGUCCCAAAUGAAAGAACAGAACAAAACCACAGCGAGAGACGUAACCAAAACGGAGACGUGUUCUGUAACUGAUCUAGAAUUCAGAGUAACCCUCCUAAAGAUGUUGGCUACAGUCGAGGAAAGCCUGGAGAACAUCCAGAAAGACCUAAAACACCUAAAAAAGGACCGGGAAGAGAUGAUCAACUCACUAAAAGAAACGAACAAGAGACCAGCUGGAAAAAAUAAGAAAGAAGAGACCGGACAAGGGCAGAGCAGCAGCCCGGACAGAGUAAUGGAAAGUCACCAAGCUGAGCCAGUGAGAGUGAGAAAAGUUGUGCAAGAUGAGAACAGACCGAGGGAACUCCGCGACACCAUCAAGCGUAACAGUCGAGUUACAGGGGUUGCAGCAGGAGAAGAGAGAGAAAAGGAGGCAGACCAUUUAUUUGAGGAGAUAAAAGCUGAAAACUUCCUGAAUCUGGGGAACGAAACAGAAACCCAGACCCAGGAGGCACAGAGAGCCCCCCAAAAAACCAACCCGUAGAGUUCCAUACCAGGCCAGCCAGUAAAUAAGAUGGCAAAACCUAAGGAUAAAGAGAGAAUUUUAAAAGCAUCAAGAGGAGAGAAAGCAAUUACACCCAAGGAACGUCCCAUAAGGCUAUCUGGAUUUUUCAGCGGAAACUUCAGAGACUAGAAGGGAGCAGCAUGAUCUAUCCAGGUGCCAAGAGGCCAAAGUCUGCAGCCAAGAACACCUUCCAGCAGGGCUCCCCUUCAGAAUAGAAGGAGAGAGAGAGUUUCCCAAACUAACAAAAGGGAAAGGAAUUCACGGCAGGGAGGAAGACCAGCCACUUCCCUGUCACGCACAACGCCACUGGCCUGUGGGUCCCAAAUCCACAGU